ACAAAAUUAAUUACGGGCGGCGGCAGCGACCUAUCCGGCUCCCCCACCGCCCAUGACGAUCGCGCGGCUUGCCCCCAACUGCCAACCUCACAACAUCCGUCUCCCCAUUGCGUGCCAAUCAUGCUUCUCUUGGACUAUCAGAACGUUUUGAUCCAAUCUCUCCUAACGGAGCGGUUCUCCAGUGCUACCCCGGCGUCGAUUGACCAGGUGGUCUCUGACUUUGACGGAGUGACAUUCCACCUCUCGACACCCGAGUCCAAGACCAAGAUCCUCAUCUCGAUCAACGUCAAGUGCUUCAAGGAACUCGUGCAGUAUGGCGCCCAGGCCGUGCUGGAGCGGGAAUAUGGCCCGUACAUCGUGACCCCCGAACCCGGCUACGAUUUCUCAGUACAAGUCGACCUGGAGAACCUCCCCGCCGAACAGGAAGCCCGUGAUGAGCUGGUUAUGAAGCUUGCCCUGCUGAAGCGCAACGCCAUGGCCGCGCCGUUCGAGCGAGCCUUCGAUGAAUUCACCAAACUUGCCGAGGAGGCAUCGCGAUACACGUCAGAGUCCGCCCCGCAAGGCGUAAAGGAAGGCGGUGAUGUGAUGGCGAUUCACUACCGUGAGGAGGAGGCUAUUUAUAUCAAAGCCAGCUGGGACCGUGUGACGGUGAUCUUUAGCACUGUGUUCCGCGAGGAGACCGAUCGGAUCUUCGGCAAGGUCUUCCUGCAGGAAUUCGUGGAUGCCAGACGCCGUGUCGUGACUCUACAGAAUGCGCCCCAGGUGCUGUUCCGUAGUGAUCCCCCACUUGAGUUGGAGGGAGUCCCGGGCCUGAAGAACACCGGCGAGGGCGAGAUUAGCUACGUCACCUUCGGUAAGAGACCUGAGCAGUCUAAGUCCUUCAGUAUCUCUCUGUGCCGCAAUACUGACAUGGCUCCUCUCAUAGUCUUGUUCCCCCGACACUUGACCCCUCAGCGCCGCUAUGAAAACAUCUCCCACAUCCAGACCUUCCGUGAUUACUUCCACUACCAUAUCAAGGCCUCUAAGGCAUACAUCCACACUCGAAUGCGCAAGCGGACGGCAGACUUCCUCCAAGUCCUCAACCGUGCCCGACCCGAAAACGAAGAGCGCGAGCGCAAGACUGCCAGUGGACGAACAUUCCGUGUGCAGAGCUAG